AUGCAACAGAACAAUGUUUGGAGAAAGAUUGAUUAUGAUAUUCGAGAAAAGCCUAUUCUUUAGUUCAAAUUUCAAAAAGUAGGCAGGAAAUCUAAUGAUCUUUAUAUUGGAUGUUUUAAUGAAUAUCUGAUAAAAUAUAAAGUAAAACAUUUAAAAGGAUUCUAGGAUCCCUUCUAUACUAUCCCUUAUAAACUAUUUGAUUUAGAAUUCACCAGCAAAUUUGAAGUGAUAAGAACUCCUUCAAAAUUAAAACAAGAGAAACAUCAUACUAAAGUUAGAGGUGAAGAGAUCUUGGAAUUAGGGGAAAUUGUGGCUAUUCGUUUAAUUGUAGAAAAUAUUGAUAAACCCUAUGAAAUUUAGGGGAAAACUGAAUAAAUGCAUCAAUUAAGAAGCUUUUUAGGUAACAAAAUCAAUUAAAUUGGAUUUCACAAUUUAUUUCGUGUUUAUAAAAAAAUUGGGAGAGGAAAUUUUGCAUCUGUUUAUUUGGCUGAAAGAAUUGAAGAUAAUUUAAGAAUGGCAGUGAAGGCAUUUUCAAAAUAAAUUGUUUAUAAUGAAGAGAAAGGACGAGUAAAUUUACUGUUCUUCAUUUUAGGAAGGAUUAAUAAAUGAAAUAUAAAUCAUGAGAGAAUUAGAUCAUCCUAAUUUAAUGAGAUUGUACGAAGUAUAUGAAACCAAGAAUUCCAUCUAUAUGGGUCUUGAAUUAUUAGAAGGAGAUCAAUUAUUUGAAUAUUUAAAGAAAAAAAUAUAAUUUACAGAAAAAUAAGUACAAAGUAUUAUGGUUGGUUUAUUAAUGGGACUUAAACAUAUGCAUUAAAAAGGGAUUAUGCAUAGAGAUUUAAAAUUAGAGAAUAUUCUAUUUAAAUAAUAAGGGUAUUUAUUAUUAAGAUAGAUAUAGUAACUUUGAUUCUGUUGUUAUUGCUGACUUUGGAUUAGCAACUCAUGUUAAUAAGAAACCUUAUUUAUAUUAAAAAUGUGGUACUCCUGGAUUUGUUGCUCCAGAAAUCAUCAAUUUAAAAAAUAUGUAUUAACCUUAUGAUUCAGUCUGUGAUGUUUAUUCAAUGGGAGUUGUCUUUUAUAUUUUGUAUUAUUAUUUUUUCAUAUUAAUAGAUUAACUGGAAGACCUGCCUUUACUGGUAAGACUUAUAAUACUAUUGUUAAAUAAAAUAAGGAGGCGAAUGUUAAUUUUGAUUCUCCUCAUUUCCAAAACAGUCCUAAAGAAGUUCAAGGUCUCAUUUUUUAAAUGCUUUAAAAAGAUCCUUUAUUAAGAAUAAAGAGCAGUGAAGCAUUGUAGCAUCCCUAUUUGUAAAGUGCUUUAUUGAUUGAUGAUGAUGAAGCACAUAUUUCUACAGAUGAUGAUCCAAAUCUAAUGGAGAGAAUUAAAAUUCUAAAUAAAUAGUUAAUAUAUCAUCUUUAUAAUGAUUUAGAACAGAAAAGGUUGACUUUACUAGAAUCAAAAGAUAAAAUAGUUAGAAUAUUAAAGAAUUAAGACUAUAAGCCACUUAAGAAUUAAAGUAAAACUAAUCGUCGGAUGAAGAUCUUAAAAUAAUCAUGAGAACACCUGUAAUCACUGGUAGAAUCAAUUCUAUUGAAAGUAUUUUUAUUUUAAAUAUUUAGAUUCGCCUAUGUUGAAAUGUAUUUCACCCUUUUAAAGUACUGGUUAUGAUGAAAUAGCCCAUGAUUAAAUUAUUUUGUAAAGAUAUUCUGGGAAAACACUUAAUAUAUGA